GGCCAGCUGUAUCUCCCUUCGUUAGUCUCUACUAAAAAUAUCCCCCCUUCCCUCUCUCUCUCUCUCUCUCUCUGCUUGUAACAUACAGAGAACGCCUUGUCUUUAGCGAGCAUGACAGCAAAAAGGGAGUUGCCGAAGUAUAAUAUCAAAACCAGGUUGUCUUCCACGACACAUACUGGUGUUUUCACAACCGAGACCAGAUCGCUUUCACUGGACGGAGACGCGACCGAUUGAGUUGCCUCAUUUGACCGCUCCAACUGCACGGCCACGCAUAUUUGAGGAUAAACAACACUACACUGUGUCUCCCCAGUGGCUGCUCAUGCACACUGGAACAUCCUCCCACACAGUGCAACACAAACUCCAUUUCCCAGCCAGAGGCUUCCUCAGCCACAGACGGUUUGUAGUGCAGUUACUAAAGAAAGGAUCAAUCUUUAAUCCAGUUAAAUGGCACAGCGAAUGUCUCAUGAAGCUGGUGGACAAGAUGGCCGAUCGGUCCUUGGGAUGUUGGCUGUGCAGGUGGAGAGAGAUCCAAAGACGGGUGCCACCGUCAUCAAAUCAGUGGCCCCCAUCUCCUCACCUCCUGGUGCUCCGACAUCUACAACCAUCUUUGACGAUGGGAGGAAGAGCAUCCACACCGUUGGCAGUUCGGUAGGUGAACCUUCGACCGAAGAGCUUGGUGAGAUAUUGACCGUCAUUAAUGAUGUCGGGAUGACGGUGCUGCUGGAUGAUGUAGCAGUAACGCUAAACAAGGCAGAGAUUACCACUGGGAAUGGAGAAAGAAACAAAAGUCAAGAUCAAGUCCUGAGUUUCAUCACUCCUAAUGGCACAUCAAAGGAAGACUUUACACAGUUGGACAGCUCUGGGUAUAAAAGGGAAGCUGAGAGGAUAAAAGAGUGUGCAAGUGUUAGCAUCCCAGAUAAAGAAACCAAGAUCGCCACCAAAGACACUGCAGAAAUUCUGGAGAACAUAGAGGGUCAAAGCCUGGAGGAAGAUCCAGUCACUCUUGUGUUCCUGGGUUACACUGACGCAUCGCCUGAGGAGGAUCACAAUGAAGAGGACUACGAAGGUAUGCUCACUGCAGAGCGGGUCAUUAUUACUGAGGACGGUGAAGAACACCUAGUGGAGCCAGGAACCACUGCUUCACUUCAAUCGCCCUCGGCAAGCAAAAGAGAGCAAGAGACUCAGAAAAAGAGUCAAGACACGACCCUUCAGGAUGUUCCACUGAGUGAUGACGACGUAGAACCCGAAACUCAGAGAGAAGGCAGUGUUGGGAAUGAUGGCAGGCAGAAGAAAUGUCGGUGUUGCUCUGUCAUGUAGAAGAUAACUAAUGGAAGACAAUAGGUGUAUGUUUGGACACAUAUUUCCCUUAAGCUCAGUCUUUAUCAAAGUUAAAGUCUGCUUCCCCCUCCUAGUGGACAGAGCACAGGAUUUCUUUUUCAGGACUCAAGCAAAAACUUUGGUCAUAUAUCAGCCAAGUAAGUUCAAUGAUGUAUGUUUGGGGAUUGCUGUCUGUAUCGUUUUUCAUGGUUUUGCCUGGAUUAACGUGUAAAUCCAGGCAAAGUUUGACGUUCUUGUUGGGUAUAAACACUGUGACAUCUCUUGACUAGAUGCUUCAAGAGUGCAGUCGCCACAGAGAACAAAAACAUUGUUAUGUUGCUAUGGAUACUUUGGUCUAGGUCUGCUCAUGUAGGAGGGAUUGCUGAAGAAAAUAAGGAGAUUUUAAUAUGUUGAAUUGACUUCAAAUCAGGCUGCAUUACUGGAUUAAAUUUAGAUUUUUUUGUUGAAACCAUUUAAUAAUUUUAUAUAUUACGCUUCUUAUGUUCGUUGUAGAAAAAGAACACCUGGUGCCUACCCAACUCCUAACGUCUGUGCCUUUUUUAAAUAAAUACAGAACGAAUAAAUAAUCUUGAUGUAAAGUUGAAUGUGACAUCUCUUAACUAGAUGUCUGCUACUAAACUGCAGUGCUAACGUAGGCGUGGUUUGAACCCUCUUAAACCUACGCGUACAAAAACGUAUGACCUUGUACUAAUCUUUUAUGCUAAAUAGAGCUAACAAAUAAAAACAUCUGACAGUGACUCUCUACUCACAUUCUGACAAGGAAUGGAUAUCAAAACCCCUGAAUCCUCUCAAAGAAAUUGUCCACAUCAUUCCUAUAUUUCAUAAUGCUAUAUUCCAGAGGAAAUGCCGAUUAAAACAUGAGAAUAUCAACCUUUUGCCUCUAUCAGGAUGACUUAAAUCAUAGCUAAAGCUUCAAAGAAUGGAGGAUGACCCAAAUAAACGGACUCUGAUUAUACAUAACCAGCAAAUUUAGCUGCUUUGUCAUCUACCUUUUAAUAAAACUGAGGUAAAAAAUAAUAAUAAUAAUAAUAAUUCAGUUUGACACUGAGGUGUCAUUUUCCAUGCUUAUAGUGCAUGAAUUGUAUAUUUGAUCGUCUAAUUUUCAGAUGUAAGCUGAGAAUGCUGGCAGGAUAUUAUUAGUUAUAUAUUACUGAUCAUGAAACAGGUUUUUAUCCAUCCUUAUAUCUCAAACCCAUGAACAGUUUUUAGAAAGUCGUUGUUAUGGUGGCAUAGCCUUCUCAUUUUCAGGUGAUGAACUGAAUGGUGCUCCAUGUUUUGUAACCCUGCUUUAAACGGCUCCAUGACAUUAUCACUGUGUUACUUAAUGGUCUUUAUAAUGCUGCUUGUUCUCUAACCAGUUUCGGUUAGAGAAACUCUAACAUUUUUUAGGCCCCCUCCUAAAAAAUGUAAAUAUGGACAAAUAAAUAAAACAGCUUUUUCUUUUUUUUCCUUUCAUUUAC